AUGGCAACAUUUGAGAAUAAAAAGAAAAAUUUAGAUUGGGUCAUGGGUAUAGAUGAAGCAGGAAGAGGACCUGUAUUGGGACCUAUGGUAUAUGGCUGUUGCGUUUGGCCAAUUUAAUAUGAGCCUGAAUUAAAAUUAGAAGGCUUUAAUGAUUCAAAAUAACUCACAGAAUAGAAAAGAGACUAGCUUUAUGCACGUAUGGAAGAAUUAAAAAACGACAAGCUAUAUUUUGAAGUAAGAAUUUUAUCAGCAGAAUUCUUAUCUAACAGAAUGUUAGCGAAAAAUAGAGAUUCUUUAAAUGAGUUAUCAUUUAAUGCUGCAUAUAGCUUGAUAGAUUCAGUAAUGAGUUAAGGUUUUAAUGUGACUUAAGUAUUUUUAGACACAGUAGGUAAAGAAGAAACAUAUCAAGCAAAGCUCUACCAAGAUUAUAAAUAUACUUAUCCAUAACUUAAAUUUACAGUAUCUUCAAAAGCAGAUGCUAAAUUUCCAGUUGUUGGAGCAGCAUCAAUUUGUGCUAAAGUUACAAGAGAUCUUUAAAUAACAAAUAAUGAUAUGAGAGAGCCUUUGGAUCUAUCUAAAGCUACAGGAAGCGGGUAUCCAUCUGAUCCAAACACUAAAAAGUGGCUGUAAGAGGUAUUUGACCCUGUAUUUGGAUUUCCAUCUAAUGUUAGAUACUCGUGGUCAACAGUAGAUAAUAUUUUUAAUGAAAAAAAAUUGUAAGUAAACUUUUUUGAUGAAAGUGAUAAGAAAGAUAAAAAUUAAAAAAGCCUUACUUAAAUGGUAAGUUAAAAAAAAUCUGAGACUAAUGGAUAUUACUCAAAAAAAAUAGGAAUAACUAGAAAUUUUGAUUUAUGA